AGUUCUGGCCUCGCGCUCCGGAAGCCGCUUCCCGCGAGGCGGGGCGGGUCCUCCACAGCACCGAGAGCGCCGGCCAGAGCGGCAGCGACCCUUCCCGAGAGCGGUGGCGUCCGACUACGCGCCGGAACCGACGGCGCAGCUGCGCCGGGGCGCUCAGCGGCGACGGCGGCCUUGUACGUCAUUGCGGGCGCGACGGCCCGAGGGACAGUCUGGGGUCUGCUUUCGUGGGGUUGCCGCGGUAGGGCCGGCCGGGAAGAUGCCAGUGGCGGUGAUGGCGGAAAGUGCCUUUAGUUUCAAAAAGUUGCUGGAUCAGUGCGAGAACCAGGAGCUCGAGGCUCCUGGAGGAAUUGCUACUCCCCCAGUGUAUGGUCAGCUGUUAGCUUUAUAUCUGCUUCACAAUGACAUGAAUAAUGCAAGAUAUCUUUGGAAACGGAUACCACCUGCUAUAAAAUCUGCAAAUUCUGAACUUGGGGGAAUUUGGUCAGUAGGACAAAGAAUCUGGCAGAGAGAUUUCCCUGGGAUCUAUACGACCAUCAACGCACACCAGUGGUCUGAGACGGUCCAGCCAAUCAUGGAAGCACUUAGAGAUGCAACGAGGAGAAGGGCCUUCGCCCUGGUCUCUCAAGCCUACACCUCCAUCAUUGCAGACGACUUCGCUGCCUUUGUCGGGCUCCCCGUGGAAGAGGCCGUGAAAGGUAUAUUAGAACAAGGAUGGCAAGCGGACUCCACCACAAGAAUGGUUAUGCCCAAAAAGCCAGGGGCCCUGGAUGUGUCCUUUAACCGGUUUAUUCCUUUAUCAGAGCCUGCCCCGGUGCCCCCGAUCCCCAACGAACAGCAGUUAGCCAGACUGACCGAUUAUGUGGCUUUCCUCGAAAACUGAUCCUAUCAUUCUGAGUUCAAGAUCCACCUUCAGAAUCCUGUAUACUGACAGAUAGAGAAAUGUAAAAUUUUUAUUUUCAAUUUAUUGGAUGGAUGAAGCACCUCAGCAUUCCUUACUGAGUAUGUGAUAAAAUACAUAUAUAAAGUAUAUUAUAUAUAUUUUGUCCUUAAACAUUAUGCUGAAUAGUUGUUGAAACAAUUCUCAUUUUGUAAUAUUGGACAGUUUGGAUGGAGCCCGUCAGUAUUACACAGUUUAUAUUUCCUAGUGACUUCUAAAUACAGCUCUCCUGCUUCGUGGAGGUCAGUGGCUGUCAGCUGUUUGUCCCUGCCCCAGCGCACGGCACACUCCCAUCUGCACCGAUGGUUGAUACUUAGAGCGAUUCAUUUGGGGUUUGAGGAGGACCGUCCCCAGAGCCAGUAUCUGAGCUGCCGGGGCUUCUGAUGCACCCCCUUCAGAGAAUAUGCUCUCCUUCCUCCUCACCUCCUGAACAUCACUCCUACAGAAUGCUGAUAGCUGAGGAACCAAAGACCAUUUCCUCAGUAAACCAGUUUGUGAACUUCAGAUUUUUUCCUGAUAGUGUGACUACAUCCAUUGCUGGCAGUGGAGGGCUUGCCAUGAAAAUGCAACUAUUUAAGACCUUCAGGAGAAGUAUUAGUUGUAAUGUUCCUUUCAGAAGAAGGGAAACCUAGGGUGGAAUGCAUUCUAUUGGCAAAGAAGCUAUUAAGAUAAGUGAUCCACUUUGUACAACUAUCCUGCAACCUACUGGUUGCUUAUAUUUAUCCUUUGGUUCAAGGUCUGCCUUUUGGAGAAACACUGAACAAGUCUUUCAGCUUUUGUGUGAUGCCCUCUAAAUAUUUGGAGGUCUUUAUUGUAUCUUCAGGUUAAAAGCCCCCCUGCUUCAUUUAUUCUGCAUUUGUUCAAUAAAUAUUUAAUUGCAUCAACUGUUUUAUCGAGAUAGUUUCUAGACAUUUCACUCUCCUGGUCUUUCUGUGGAUACAUUCUAGUUUGUCAUUGUGUCUCAAGAUAUGAAUUUCCUAAUUAAAUAGAAACAGUAUAUAGUGGUGAUUA